AUGCUACAGCAAUUUGAGGACUUUCGCCCUUAUUUACAUCGUUUCCGAGACGAUUGCGGGGUGGAUCGAGAUAUUCCGGAAGAUGCUAGCCCAGAGGAUAUUCGCCGAGUUGCGAUAGUGAAUCUAAUUCCGUCUGUGAGCGAGCAGCGAAAAUUCGCUGCUUUACUGGACGAGAUGACUGCAUUUGCUGUCAUUUCUGGAAAACUUCAGCGCGACGACAUUACAGUCGCAGCUGUCCGUGACAUUUUCGAUAUUGUGCUGGAUGAUUAUGAUGGUAUGGAGAAAUAUCUGGCGGUCGACGCAAACAUUAUCGAAUUUCCACUUUUUGAAAGUGGUCUAGCUAAACUUCAAGCUGGUUUAGAUAAAACUUUGGAGCGAAAUGAAAACAGGCGUUAA